AUGGGCCCAGACAUGGCUAAAAGAACUGAUGACAAGUAUUGGAUAACUCAAUUUGCUGGAACUAAUUUUCCAAACUGGAAAUUUAGAGUAGAAAUACUUCUCGAAGAAUUUGGAGUAAGAGCCUGCCUUACAGGUAAUGAGCCUAGUUCAACUCAAAAGGUAGAGCUGGAAAAGUGGCAAAAGGAUGACAAGAAAUGUAAGUCCCUAAUUGUUCAAUGUGUUGCUGACAGUCAUUUAGAGUAUGUAAUGGGCAAAGAAACUGCGAAGGAAAUCUGGAAUUCGUUAGUUCAGACGUUUGAACGUAAGGGUGUUGCGAGUCAACUGUAUCUAAGACGGCGGUUACUUACACUAAAACUUGAAAAUGACACUAAUCUUGAAGCUCAUUUUAUAAAAUUUGAUGAACUUAUAAGACAGUUGAAGUCAGCUGGGGCAAAACUGGAAAAAGAAGAUAUAGUAUGUCAUCUUCUGUUGACGAUGCCGGAAACAUAUAACAAUGUUGUGACAGCAAUAGAAACACUUUCAAUUGAGAAAUUAACAAUUGAAUUUGUUAAAGGAAGAUUGCUGGAUGAAGAAGCGAAGAAAACAAAUACUACAGAUAUACCUCAACAGAGAAGUACAGCUUUUGGAACUACAAGUAAUAGUAGUUUUCCAUUUAAAUGCUAUGGAUGUGAUAAAGUUGGUCAUCGGGUAUCAGAAUGUAAAUUUAAAAAAAAGUUUGGUAGAGACAAAAAUAAGAAAUCUUGGAAAAAGUCAACAGCAAAUAAUGUAGUCAGCAAAAGUGAAGAUGCGGUUUGUUUUUCAAUUGGAAAAGAUAUGGAACCUACCGAAAAGGCAAGUGAAAUUUUUUGGUUCAUUGAUUCCGGUUGUUCAGAUCACUUGGUGAAUCAAGAAAAAUAUUUCUCCUUUAUAAAGCAAAUGGAAACUCCUCUGAACAUCGGAGUUGCCAAAAAUGGGGAAAGUUCAAUUGCGACUAAGACAGGUACAAUAAUUUCUUAUAGUAGAGUUGAUGGUGAAGAAAUUCUGUGUAAGUUUGAAAACGUAUACAACGUACCUAAUCUAAGGUACAACUUAUUAUCAGUUGGUAAGAUCGAACAGUUGAACUUUAAAGUUGUGUUUGAAAAUGGUCUUGCAACAAUCACUAAACCUAGUGGAAAUGUAGUUGCUGUUGCACGCAGAAUGAGAACUCUGUAUGGCAUAACUUUCUCUCUAAAACCAAAUACUUGUGCAAAUAACUGUAUUGAUACACAAAUUGAUGAGAGUUUGUGGCACAAAAGGAUGGGACAUCCAAACAAAAGUUAUUUAUGGAUGUUGAGAGAUAUGGUUACUGGACUAAAUCUUAACAAGAAUGAUAUUCCGGACUUCUGCCAAACAUGUGUAGAAAGCAAGCACUCAAGAAAACCAUUUCAAUCAAGGUCUUUUCAGACUCGUCGUCCGCUGGAAAUUGUGCACAGUGAUGUGUGUGGACCAAUAUCACCGACUACUUGGAACGGUAAGAAAUACUUUCUUUCAUUCACUGAUGAUUAUACCCGUUUUUCAAUUAUUUAUUUAUUAGAAAAAAAAAGUCAAGUGUUUCAAUGCUUUCAAAAUUAUGAAGCAACUGUAAGUGCAUUUUUUGAUUUAAAAGUUUCCAUAUUGAGAUGUGACAAUGGAGGGGAGUAUGUAAGCAAUGAGUUAAAACGUUUUUGUUCAGUUAAAGGAAUUGUUGUUGACUAUACUGUUCCUUACACACCUGAACAAAAUGGUUUAGCAGAAAGAUUGAAUAGAACAUUGGUAGAAAGAACAAGAUCAUUGCUGUUACAAUCAAACUUGUCAAAAGAAAUGUGGGGAGAAGCAGUACUCACGGCCGCUUAUUUGGGAAACCGACUACCAACACAUGCAAAUAUAAAGAAGACUCCUGUUGAGCUUUGGACUGGAAGUAAGCCUAACUUAAACAAUAUUAGAAUCUUCGGAUGCGUUGCUUUCGCACACAUACCAGACCAAUUGAGGCGUAAGUUAGACACAAAGUCAAAAAGAUGUAUAUUUGUUGGUUAUACAAAAAAUGGUUAUAGGCUAUGGGAUCCAUUAACAAAGACUGUGUUUGUCAGUCGAGAUGUCAUAUUUAAUGAAAAAGAAUUGUUAAAUCCUAUAAUUACUAAUAAUGAAAAGGAAAUACUUGUUGAAAUAAACAAUUCAGAAAUUGCUGAGGAAUCAAAAGAAACCACUGAACAAGAAUCUCAAGAUGAAGAAAGAAAAACAGAAAAUGAUGUGGAUAAAGUCAUUGGAAAUAAUAUACCAACACAAGAACAAUUGAAAAGAAACAGGAAAACUCCAACGUGGCAUAAGGAUUAUGAAAUGUCAAUGAUGGCACUUUCUGCUGAAUACUAUGUUCAAGAUUUACCAGAAACUGUUGAAGAAAUCAAAACUCACCCAAAUCAUACUCAGUGGAAAGCAGCUAUUUAA